AACAAGAAGCCACCCUCUUGCAAGCCCACUCGUGGAUCUCCACUCCUUCCAUUGACACCAUGGUCAGCUCCUGCUGUGGCUCCGUCUGCUCUGACCAGAGCUGUGGCCGAAGUCUCUGCCUGGAGACCUGCUGCCGCCCCAGCUGCUGCCAGACCACCUGCUGCAGGACCACCUGCUGCAGGACCACCUGCUGCCGCCCCAGCUGUGGUGUGUCCAGCUGCUGCCGCCCAGUCUGCUGCCAGCCCACCUGCCCUAGCCCCACCUGCUGCAUCUCUAGCUGCUACCGCCCCUCCUGCUGUGUUUCCAGCUGUGGCUCCAGCUGCUGCAGGCCCACCUGCUGCAUCUCCAGCUGCUGCAGGCCCCGGUGCUGCCAGCCUGUGUGCUGCCAGCCCACCUGCUCCCGAACCUCCAGCUGCUGCCGCCCCUCUUGCUGUGGCUCCAGCUGCUGCCUGCGCCCAGUGUGUGGCCGGGUCUCCUGCCACACCACUUGCUAUCGCCCCACCUGUGUCAUCUCCACCUGCCCCCGCCCCGUGUGCUGUCCCUCCUCUUGCUGCUGAAUCUCUGCUUUGAACAUACUGCUACCUCAUUUCCUCCCUCCCCACAGCUGCAGAGCUUCUUUUUAAAAUGUGGAGGGUUCAAGAGAACUGGUCCCUUGAAUUGAUAAGCAAACACCAGACAUAACGAGCCCACGUUCUAUCUUCUCUCCACAGUCCCUCCCAUACAAAUGAGAUCACUCAGAAUCUCCCAGGAAAUUACAAUUUCUAAACACUCCUCCCUUUUUCUUCAGGAUAUCUCUUAAUCAUGCUUAAGGAAUUUGUCUCCAUCACUUUUGGGUCCACUGAUUUUUACCCCUGAUAUGGAAAUCCAAUGAAGAUUUUUUGGUGUACUCUUUGGUAAAGAUUUUCUUAUGUCUUGUUAUUUCUAUGAACCUAAAUAAAUGUCCCCCUAUUGGCACUGAAAUUUGAA